AUGGCUUCGUUUCAAUCAAACGAAUAUGCCAACAAACACGACUCGGGCGUUGUCGCCGAACCCCUCGCUACCACCCCCACGAAUGGCAGUUCCAUCGACGUCGACGAGUAUGGUCACCUUAGCCUCUGGCAGGCCAUUAAGAAGUGGAAUUGCGUCUUUUGGUACUCUCUGGCCAUCUCCUCCACCAUUCUCAUGUUUGGCUACGAUUUCGUCAUUGUCGGCAACUCUUCGUCCAUGCCCGCUUUCCAGCAAGAUUUUGGCGAAUUCUAUCAAGGCCGCUGGAUAAUCCCUUCGCUUUGGCUUGGCCUUUGGACUUUCAUUUCUCCCGGCGGCAUGAUGUUUGGCUCUCUCUUUGUUGGCUAUUUUCAGGAUUGGUGUGGUCGCAAAGCCUCAUUCUUCGUCUCUGCCAUACUCGCUGCCAUCGCCGUCGCCAUCUGCUUCUGCUCUCAGUACCCUGACGAUAUUCUACACCGCCGCGGCACCUUUCUCGGCGGCAAGGGCGUUCAGGGUCUCGCACUCGGUAUGAUGAUGACGACCUGCCAAACUUACCUCUCCGAGAUCAUCCCUCCCAAGCUUCGUGGCCCGCUCCUCGCCUUCUUUCCCAUCUUCACCCUCAUCGGCCAGCUGAUCGGCGCCCUCGUCAUUUACGGUCUCGUGUCCUCCCCAAAUGGCUACGCCAUCGCCUUUGCUACCCAAUGGGUUUUUGCCGCCGUCGCCUUUGCCGUCUCUUUCAUCAUCCCCGAGAGUCCCAUCUAUCUCAUCCGCAAGGGUCAAAUCGAAAAGGCGCGCAGGGCCCAGCACAGGCUCGCCGGCCACGGCAUCGAUCCCGACCGCAUGCUUGCCAUUAUGCAGCGCGACAUUGAGCACGAAAACCGCCAGACGCCCGCCACCCUGACCGCUUGCUUUUCCAAGAUUCAGCUGCGUCGAACCAUGGUUGUCCUUUUCACCAGCGUGCUCCCUCAAAUGUUUGGCCUCAGCCUCCUAUCACAGGCUAGUUACUUUGGCCAAGUUGUGGGCAUCGAAGCCAAGGUGAGCUUGGUCCUGCUCAUUGCUGGUGUCCUCACCGGCUGCAUUGCCAACCUUGUCAGCAUGUGGUCCAUUGGCCGCUUCGGCCACCGCACCCUCUCUCUCGUUGGCCUCACCGGCUGCGGUAUUCUCUGGCUCAGCAUGGGCAUUGCUGGCAGCAUCGCCCGCAACAUGGCCGUCGCUUGGUUUUGCUCUGCUAUUCUAAUUCUUGUCACUGCAUGCGCCGGUCUGACCGUCUGGCCUGCUACGUACGCCGUUGGCUCCGAAGUCUCGACGCUGCACCUACGUGCUAAGGCCCAAGGUGCCGGCUGGCUGUUUUCUAGCGCUUUCAGCGCCGGCUUUGGCCUUGGCCUUCCCUAUAUCUACAAUCCCGAUGCCGGUGACCUGCGCGCCAUGGUUGGGUACGUCUUUGCCGCUUUUUGUUUCAUCAGCCUUGUCAUCACUUGGCUGUACGUGCCCGAAAUGAAGGGCCGCACCGCGUCCGAGAUUGAUCGCAUGUUUGACCUCAACCUCAAAUCAAAGGACUUUAAGCAUUGGCGAGCCGAUGUCAGCCUUAAGAGCGAUAAAUACUCGGGUUCGAGCUCAGUAUAG